CUGGGAGUAUCACAAACAUGGCGGAAAGCGAACUGAACGUUGACAGCCUCAUCUCUCGGUUACUGGAGGUGCGGGGAUGUCGCCCAGGGAAGAUCGUGCAGAUGACGGAGGCUGAGGUGCGAGGGCUCUGCAUCAAGUCCAGAGAGAUUUUCCUCAGUCAGCCGAUUCUGCUGGAACUGGAAGCUCCUCUCAAAAUCUGUGGUGAUAUCCAUGGACAGUACACAGACCUACUGAGGCUAUUUGAGUAUGGGGGCUUUCCUCCAGAGGCCAACUAUCUGUUCCUGGGGGAUUACGUGGACAGAGGGAAACAGUCGCUGGAGACCAUCUGUCUGCUGCUUGCCUACAAGAUCAAAUACCCAGAAAACUUCUUCCUGCUCAGGGGGAACCACGAGUGUGCCUCCAUCAAUCGUAUUUACGGCUUCUAUGAUGAGUGCAAGCGCAGGUUUAACAUAAAGCUCUGGAAGACAUUCACAGACUGUUUUAAUUGUCUUCCCAUUGCUGCAAUUAUUGAUGAGAAGAUCUUCUGCUGCCAUGGAGGACUGUCACCUGAUCUGCAGUCCAUGGAACAAAUCCGACGCAUUAUGAGACCUACUGAUGUACCGGACACAGGUUUGCUGUGCGACUUGCUGUGGUCAGACCCAGACAAAGACGUCCAGGGGUGGGGGGAAAAUGAUCGGGGAGUUUCCUUCACUUUCGGGGCUGAUGUGGUCAGCAAGUUCCUUAACCGCCACGACCUGGAUCUCAUCUGUCGAGCACAUCAGGUUGUUGAAGACGGCUAUGAGUUCUUUGCAAAGCGACAGCUGGUGACACUGUUUUCUGCCCCAAACUACUGCGGGGAGUUUGACAAUGCUGGCGGCAUGAUGAGUGUGGACGAGUCCCUUAUGUGCUCCUUUCAGAUCCUGAAGCCGUCAGAGAAAAAAGCCAAGUACCAGUAUGGAGGGGUGAAUUCAGGCCGCCCUGUCACCCCUCCUCGUACCACUCAGGCACCUAAAAAGAGGUGAGCGGCUGGCCUGACUCUCCUGCUCCUCCCUUGGCUGGUCCCUGGAACCACAUCCCUGCAGGCUGCCUCAAACACUCCAGCCUUUUCUCAGCCAGCUUGUUCAUGUGUAUAUAGGAACUCCCGGAGUGUUUUUUGCUUGUUCUGUGGGUAUUUUUAUGAACAUGUGAAUGGUUUUUCCAUUUUUUUUGAUGCCAUGGUAUGUAUUUACUCAGCCCUCAAGUCUACUACUCAGCCCAUUCAGGAAUAUUAACACCAACCUCUUGUGGAAUGGGGACGAUGCUUCUUUAUCUGCCUUCAGAUUAACCAUUUCUAUUGUGAAUUUGUGAAUGCAUGCACGCUUGUGUGAUUGGGAUGAGUUCUAGUCCGAGCCAAUGUAAAGUCCAGAUUGUCCCAGCAUAAGGGACCAAAUAUUUCCAGUUUCACUUUGAUUCCUACCUUUGCAUUGCCUGAAGCAUUAGACUGCUUAAAGAAAUAGUUUGCCACUUUGGGAAAUAGACUUAUUUGUAUUCUUGGAAAGUAUUGGAUAAGACUGAUACCACUCUGGCCUGUCAUAUAUGAGACCCCUGCCAGUAACUGGCAGACUGAGCUUAGCACAAGGCCUGGAAAAGAAGGGAAACAGCCAGCCUGGUUCUGUCCAAAGGUAACAUAAUCCACCUAGCAGCCCUGAAACAUUUUGCAUCCUGUGUGAUUCACUUAUAAAAAAAAGUCCAAAGCUGCAGAUCAUUUUUGGUAAGGACCUAUUUCCCAGCAACCAGCAGAGACUGUAGAAAGUUACUGGUCCCAACCAAGAACUAGUCAGGCACAGCACCUGUAGUGAGCAGAGUUUGUUGUAUUACUUUGUUUUUUGUACAACUGAAACUUGUUAAUUAGUGAGCUUUAGAAAUGCUGGUAGAUGGAUUUUGUUAUCAUCUGAGCAGAGCUGUGCUAGCCACCUAGAUUCUAGUCUUUAUGCUAAGCUGUGUCAGCUGACUGGAGCUAAAUAUUAAACAGACAGACAUGAAGCGUCAAUCUUCUCAUUUAACUCUGGGCAAGAAAACAACUAACCACAUUUCCAAAAAAUCUAACAUUUUUACUUUAAGAAUCAACUGGUUGACGUGACCGCAUAUACGUUCCCCUCUAACAAUGUUUUUCUUGUUAUGGAGAUAUCAAUAAAACAAUAAGAUUUGAAAGAUAUAAGUGCAAUAAGUAUUGCUAGAAAUCUCGCUAUGCAUAUAUGCAACCAUAAAUAUUUGCAAUGGUAAUUAAAGCCAGUCUGAACUUUAAACAAGGUCACAGCUAAGCUAUGGCAUACCUUUAUAAGGGCAUUCAUAUACAGUUGAUGCUCUUCAUUAGAUUAGUGUUUCCAGCCUGUUUUCCACAACCAGCACUGAGCUGUGUACCUUUUUUAUCCUUCAUGUCACUGAAUGAGCAUUUGUGGUCGAUAAAGAGCUGAAUUUCCAUUGUUGCUAUGAAAAAGGGAAACGCCAUUGCAAAAGUGCAAAUGAUUCCCGUUUCACUCUGAUGUACAUCCAGUGUUUGUGGAAAAUGUGGGAACCAAAUAGCUCAAAGAGCACUUGAGUUGGUGUCCUUUAGUCUGAUAAAUACAGUAGAUACGUAGGAAAGUAGACAAAUAUGUCAGUGCAAAGAAGGUACUGUUAGAUAGAAAAUGACUUGGAAGUACAGGCUUAAGAAAUAGUAGUCAGCAAAUUCAUUUCAUAAUGUUUACAGCUCAGCCGAGAGUUGUUUGUUCUUCACAGCAGUAGAUGUCGACCUCUUCCACACAAACAUUAUUGCACAUCUGUCAUCGCAUGACAUUGUGAAGAGGUCAGAGGUCAAGACGAUGGCAUUUUGUUUGUUGUCGGCAUUAAAGUAGAUUCAUUACAUUUUCCCACCCAGUGGUUAUUGAAAAGUAUAGUGAAUCAUUUCCAACUCACUACUGAACAUUUAACUGAUAUAAUUUUAUUUAUUUAAAUCUUGCCUUUUGCCUUGUAAAUCUAUUGGUAUUCAAGUUGGAAUUGGUAUGUAAAGAAGUUCUGAGAUUUGUACAAGUUUGUUUCAGAGGAGUGAAAUAAAUGGAAGUGCCGUUGA